AGCAUCCAGGACCAACUAGGGGAAGAGCUGUUGCAGGAGCUGAUCAACUACUGCUUGAGCUACAUCGCAAAAAUCAAGCUGCCCCGGAAACGGGGCACCUUUAUUGAAUUCCGAAGCGGGAUGUUGAAUGUGUGCCCCGUGGGUAGAAGCUGCAGCCGGGAGGAACGGAUAGAGUUCUACGAGCUCGAUAAGAAGGAGCACAUCAGAGAGAAAUUCGUCGCUGACCUGCAGAGAGAAUUUGCAGGGAAAGGCCUCACAUUCUCCAUAGGGGGCCAGAUAAGCCUCGACGUGUUCCCAGACGGCUGGGACAAGCGCUAUUGCCUGGGCAUCACUGCAGGAGAUAUAAUCUCGGGGUUUCCCUCUCUCCUUGUGCUCGAUGUUUGCUUUUGCAUUAAGAAUUUUUCUCUCUCCUGUCAGGGAGGCAACGACUAUGAAAUCUACACCGACCCCAGAACCAUCGGCCACAGCGUCACCUCGCCGGAGCAGACGAAGCAAAUCUGCGAAGGGCUGUUCUUCAACUGAAGCAAAGGGACUCGUUUCAGACAGGACCGCCUUCGGCACCUCUCAAAGCCGGAGCGGAAAGGUGGCUUCCUCGAAAAGGACUCCAGAAGCCUGGCUGUAUUUGGCUCCACCCAGGCAGACAGUGAGUCCCUCAACACUAAGACCCCCUCGUUUUCUCUCCCGCCGCUGCCACCGCACUCAUCUGUGUUGCGACGUCGCUGCGACAUUUGCCCUUCCUCACAUCACUGGCUGACGUCGGUCAGGUCGCUUGACAAGCCGACGAGGCCGCGGCACGAAAAGGAGCGAUCCUCAAACUGGGGAGGGAGGAGUCUACGCUGGGGUCAGCAGCAGCCCCGUGGCGUCGGUCCACUUCCACACGGAAGCUGCACGUGUACCUCUCUGAUCUUUUCAAUCCGGCCUGUUGAUGUGCGUUCGUGGACAAUUAAGUGUGCCUUUUGUUCUAGGCCUCAGGGGGUCCAACGGCAGCUAAAAUGACCUCAACGCGGUACAAUCUGGGCAAAGCUAGGAAAAGCCACGAGUCCGGCUUUGAUACAAGACCGGAUCCAGAGAACUGCCUUUCCUUCUGCUGGUACCCCUUCACUGUUCUGGUACAAAGCACACAAAAAAACCGCUGGGUAAAGAUAAACAAAAGUGUAUAAAAAUAACAAGGUGUUCUUGCAAGAAACAACAGCAAUACAGAAAAAUAGAACAGUAAAGUCCCCCACAAUUUCAGUGCGUCUCACUCCUGUUGUAUUGUAAUUCCAUAGUCCAACUGGACAUCCCUCCAUCAUAGACUGGACUCGUAUAGUUCCCCAGUCUCCAUAGAAGCACAUACAGAAGUCAGUAUAUUCUGUCAUAAAGGACACACUGGGAUUUUGGGGGACUUUGUUUUUCUAUUUUUCUGCAUUACUGUUGUUUCUUGCAAGAACACCUUGGCUUUAUAUAGUUAUAUAUAUGACGGUAUUACCGAACUUGGCAUUAAAUAUUAUUUUUACACAUUUUUGUUUGUCUUUAGCCGGCGUUUUUGUGUGUGUGUGCUUUGUACCAUUUCAUGUGCGCUGGUUCCACUUCCUUUUUUGGUCUUUUUCUGCUACCCCUUCACUGCCGGGCCGCUGUCACUCAAUAUAGGUCCCGCGACCCUGGAAACUGGCUUUCUCCCAGUUCGAAAGGGCGGCCGUGGAGAAGGAAGGACACAGAAGGUUUGCAGUACAAGGAGAUGUCUGGAUCCAGUGCACAGUCGGCCCUCUGGCCGGCUCUCCUGUCGUUACGCAGAGCAUUCCUUCUUGCCAACAGAGAAAAAUGCAGAUGUGUAUCUAACAUGGAAAUAAGGGAAACUGUCGAGUGUCACUUGUGUAAAUGGGGGAACCGAAUAAAUCUAUU